AUGGCUAAGAGAGUGGUGACGGCAUAUGCCCUUUGGGCGCUUGGAGGUCCACUGGGCCUGCACCACCUGUACCUGGGGAGGGACAGCCACGCCCUGCUGUGGCUCCUCACCCUGGGGGGGUUUGGGGUGGGCUGGGCCCGGGAGUUCUUCCGCAUCCCGUCAUAUGUUGGCGAGGCCAACCGGGAGGCGUCCAGAGGGACCCCGCAGCACCCCCAGGCCAGGCCCCCGCCCAUGAGCCUGGCCCGCUUCGCCGGGCAGAUCUGCGUGGGGAUCUACUUUGGCACGGUGGCGCUGAUCGGCCUGAACUCGCUCAGCUUCUUCUACCUGAUGGUGCUGCCGCUGUGCGUGGGCGCGGGUGUCCACCUGGUCAGCGUCGCCGGCCACGAAACCUCCAACCUGCAGAAGACACUGACCGCCUGCCUCAUCACCUCCCCCAUCUUCUACGGCAGCGCUCUGUCACCCCUGCCCAUCAGCCUGGCGGCCAGCGUCACCGCCGCCCAGCACCGGCAGUACAAACAGCCCCGGCCCGCCGGUGCCCCGCCCAAACCACUGGGCUCCCGUCUGUACCGCCUGGGCCUGGCCUGGCUGGCCUUCUCCGCCCCUCUGGGGUACUGCGUUUUCCACAACACCACCGCCACCCUGUACUACCUGUCGGACUGCGUGGCGGCUGUCCUGGACGCGCUGUGGUUCUUCCCCUGGCUGGGCGGAGCUCUGGAGUACCUCCUCCUGCUGCCGUACAGGAUCCUGUGUGCUUUCACCGGGGGGGGCAUAGCGGAGGAGUCCUGGAAGAUGGUGCUGGAGAUCCUGCUCCGGGAGUACAGCCAGAAAGAGAAGGAGGCGCUGAAGGUGCUUUUGGUCAGCGAGGAGGCCUCUCUGGAGGAAAUAACACACAGCUACAGGGAGCUGGUUAAAGUGUGGCACCCGGACCGCAACCACGACCGGGCCGAGGAGGCCCAGCAGAUGUUCAUCCAGAUCCAGGAGGCUUACGAGACCCUGCUGCGACGCCACAGGGCCUUCCACCGGAAGUAGCCCAAUUUCCCCACAAACAGACCUGAUUGGACUCUUAAAUGUAGUAUGUGGGCUUCCGGCUGUUUUAAGCAUAUAUUGUAUAAUUAUAAUCAUUUACAUUUUUAGACUACUUUUUAUACCUGUUUUUCCUUUAGUUUCCAAUUUGGAAUGGCCAGUCGUAGGUGUUAGAACACACAGGAACGCAUAAUAACACAAGCUAUUCAGCCCAUUUACGGCUGCUGUUUACGCAUAAACUAGAGAGUAUCCAGCACUGAAUUUCACCUGGACUUGAACACCCCUGAGGGUCAUUGACUGCACUCGUCCCAUCACUCCGACACCCUCCAAUAGAAUGGGAUGGUGUGACCUAACUAGAAUGCUAUAUGCAGCCAGCCAACCAUUGCUUGUUUUUAUUGUCUAAAAUCAGAGCUACACGGUAGUGGAGGACUGCACCACUUUUGCAGCUGCCAUAGGCAGACCGCAGGCACCUGAUUGGCCUUGCAUUGAAAAGGUAUUACUAAAAGAUGUAUUGACUUCAAUUCAGAGAGAGCAUUUCAAUAGUGUGCUGUUUGAUCAGAGGUCAAAUGACUAUUUUAAAACAAACCACAUAAAGAUAAUAGAAAUGAGAAAUCCAGUGCAGAAUCAAAGUCUUUCACUGUGAAUAUGCAACAGCAUAGAUAUCUGUAGGGGGGGGAAGUCAUGUUGCUACUGAAUGUCUUCACAAGACUGCAUCAAGUUGUAAUAAAUAAAUAUGUAAAUUAAUAAAUAAUUUAAAGUUG